AUUUUGCUGUAUUGGAAAUAUGUUCAAAAAUUGCAUUAUUGGCAACGUCAGGGUGUGGACUCUAUUAGCAUUUGGGACAUGACUCAGAACUUGAAGCUGCAGCCAUGGGGAUUGGUUAUCAAUAAAUACUAUCGCCAAAUGUGUGCCGAAAACAAGGCGUUCAAGGUAAUCGAAGGAUUAUUGGUAUCAGUGGUGGUCGUUCAAGAUCUUGAAGCCAUUAGGGACAUAAUGAUAACCCAGUUUGAUAGUUUUCCCGAUCGAGGUUUCUAUGUGAAUCCUCGUGAUGCGCUGAGUGUUAAUUUAGCCCGCCUAGACUAUGACCUUUGGAAACCAUUGCGGCAGAAAAUGUCUCCAAGUUUUACACCAGCCAAAAUACGAUACAUGUAUCCCACUCUGCAGAGGGUGGCCAAGCAAUUUGUAGAGGUCUUGAAAGACGAAUGCCAAAGGCUUGCAAAUCAAAUUGAAAUCUAUGACUUAUGUGCCCGCUACACAACUGACUUCAUUGGCAAUGUGGUGUUUGGUUUGGAAUGCAAUAGUUUGCAUGAGCCACAUACGGAAUUUCGCAUUGAAGGUGAUAAGGCUUUUUAUCAGAUACGCAAACCCUAUUUGGAUUUAUUUGCAAUUAAAUUCUCCAAAUUAAUGAGAUUUUUGAAUGUACGGGCCUUCGACAAGCAGAGCAAUGAUUUCUUUACACGAGUGUUCAAGGAGAGCAUGGAGCUAAGGAUAAAGAGCAAUGAACGACGCAAUGAUCUAAUGGAUCUUCUUGUCGACUUGAAGCGAGAGCAUGAACAUGAUUAGGAAAUGCCUUUAACCUUGGAGAUAUUGGUGGGUCAAGUUUUUGCUUUUUUCAUAGGGGGAUUUGAGACCAGUUCGUGUACCAUGAGCUAUGCCCUUUACGAGAUGGCUAAAAAUACACACAUACAAGAGAAGGCUCGUGAAGAAAUACAACAAUGUAUGGUAAAACAUGAUAAUGAAAUAACCCAUGAGGCUUUAAGGGACAUGCAGUAUCUGAAAUCCGUAUUACAGGAAACUUUACGGAAAUAUCCCAUUGUUCCUCUAAUGACUCGCAUUUGUCGUCGUACUUGCAAAAUAAAAACUACGAACAAUGCUCGCAUUACCAUAAAGAAGGACACCAUGAUGCUCAUACCAAUUUAUGGAGUUCAACAUAAUCCUGACAUUUAUCCCCAUCCCGAACAAUUCGUACCGGAACGUUUUAAUGAAGAAAACAAUGCCAGACAAGAUCCUUGUACAUUUUUAACCUUUGGAGCUGGUCCAAAAACUUGUAUUGGAGAGCUACUUGGUAGAAUGCAAAUGCUUUUAGGUUUGGCUCUACUGUUGUCCGAAUUUAAAUUUUCCGUAUGUGAGAAGACUCCCAAAGAGUUAACAUUUGAUCCGGAAAAUACCUUCCUAUUGUAUGUUAAAGAUGGCAUUCAAUUGAAAGUUGAAAAACUGAACAGCAGGCCAUACCAUCGCGGCAUAAUCAACGCAACAAUGGAAUUCCUAGAAGGAAUAGAAGAGGUUUCCGAUCGGACACCUGAGACGAUAGAUGAGGUCGGUUGCGAGGUACUGCUGCCAGCGGCACAGUCUCGUAUUGACGAAACCUUGGUAUUACCAUAUGGACGAUCAUGCUACACUGAUGGAUCUAAGCUAGAGGACGGGGUGGGCCUGGAAGUCUACAUUGAGAACCCAGGAACUAAGAUCUACUUUAGACUGCCUGACCAAAAUACGGUCCUGCAGGUGAAGAGUCGGGCAUCGUUUGAGAACUUCUUUACGGCCAGUAAACUGAUGGCAAUAACAACCAGAACGUGGUCUUUAAUUCAAUACGUCGACAUCAGUCUGCGAGUUCAAUUUUCAUUAAUUCCUUCCAUAAUGGUAUGGAUUUUAACUUUUGUUCUGCUAUUGGUAAGCACUUUGGCUGGGAUAUAUUUGAGGUAUAGCCAAAGGCAAAAGUUUUGGAACAGACAAAAUGUGGAAACCGUAGGCCUUUUGGAAUUUAUACAAAAAGUCAAAAAUGAUCAUUUGUUUCUGGUGGUGGAUAAGAUAUACCAGGAACUUCGCGCUGAGGACAUUCCCUGCAAAGUGGUCGAAUCCUUGCUAAAUACAACUGUAAUACUUCGGGAUCACAAUGCCAUAAAGGAAGUUUUGACUUCACAAUUUGAAAAUUUUCCCGAUCGCGGUUUCUAUAUGAAUCAUAGGGAUCCCUUGUUGGUGAAUCUAUCUAGAUUUCACUAUGACAUUUGGAAGGCCAUGCGGUUGAAAUUGACACCUGCCUUCUCGCCAGCCAAAAUGAAAUACAUCUUCCCCACCAUGGCCGAGGUGGGCGAUCACUUUGUGCAGGUGCUGCAGCAGCAAAUAUUUCGCGGAGAGGACAUAGUGGACAUGCAUGACAUAUGCAAGCGUUUCUCCAUGGACGUCAUAGGCACAGUGGCCUUUGGCAUUGAAUGCAACAGCUUGAAAAAUCCCCAGGCAGAGUUUAAAUUGCAAGGUGAAAAGGCUUUGCUGCAACAUUUUCGCACAUUUGUGGAUCAAUUUGCCGAAAAGUAUAGCUGGCUAAUGCAUUUCAUUAAUUUCAAAUAUCACUCCCAAGACUCCAUUCGUUUCUUUACCCAUAUAGUCCAAGAGACUUUGGCCUAUCGUGAGAGAGAGAAUAUCAAACGCAAUGAUUUUAUGGAUUUGCUAAUAGAGUGCAGAAAUGUCGAAGCAGAAAAUAAAAAUGAAAAUCACCUCAUGAGCCUGGAAAUGUUGGUGGGUCAGGUGUUUAUAUUCUUCGUAGGAGGCUAUGAGUCCAAUGCAGCAGCUUUGAGUCAAGCCCUUUUUGAGUUGUCACGAAAUACAGAAAUACAAGAGAAGGCCCGGCAGGAAGUUAUGCAAGUAAAAUCCGAGCAUGGCAAUAAAAUAACCUAUGAAAGUUUGAAAAGUUUAAAAUAUAUCAAACAAAUUGUGCUGGAAACUUUACGCAAAUAUCCCAUUGCGCCCGCCUUGAUGCGUUAUUGCCGCCAUACCGCCAUCCUAAAUACUUCCACUGGCCCUAUUACAUUGCCAAAGGAUACCACUGUGAUGAUUCCCGUUUACAGCAUUCACAAUAAUCCCGACUUUUAUCCAAAUCCCCAAGAAUUUUGUCCCGAGCGUUUUGAUGAAGCCGAAGAAGCUGGACGUCCACCACACACUUUCCUUACCUUUGGCGAUGGUCCUCGCAAUUGCAUUGCUUCGGGUUUUGGAAAAAUGGAAUUAUUGUUUGGUUUGGCUACAUUACUAUCCAAGUUCCGAUUUUCAGUGUCACCCAAAACACCUCGACAAGUGGAAUUUAAAAAGAAUGUUCGUUAUUUAGCCAGUGUGGAAAAUGGAAUUUAUUUAAGGGUAGAAAAUUUGUGAAGUGGAAAAGGUCACAGAAGAAUUAGUGAGAAUAGAAUUGAAAUUCUGGACUUAAAUGCUUGUAACAUAAACUGCAUGUGUAAUAAAUAAAGUCUGGAUUUGUAUGCAAAGUCGAAA